GGGUGUUUGGGGUCAGUGUGACCCCCAUGUGCCCCCCCAGAGCAGAGCCCCUGCUGGGUGCCCCUGUAUGGCCGCAUGUGCUGCCGCCUGGCCGCCAGACCCCGCUGUGUGGACACGCCCGCGGCCAGCGGGACCCUGCGGCUGCAGGCGCCGGGGGCUGAGGGGCCGAGCGGGCCCCCCCUGUUCUGUGUCCUGCGUGGCCCCGACCUGCUGUGCUACGGCAGCGCCCACGGGGCCGAGGCCGGGCAGGAGCCCACCCUCACCAUCGCUGUCACCAAGGACACGCGGGUGCGGGCGGAGCCGGGGGGGCGCGGGCAGCCCCCCGUGGUGGCCGUCACCAACCGGCUGGGGGGGGAGGAGGUGACCCACGGCCUGGUGGCCGAGAGCACGGCCGAGGCCCAGCGCUGGCUCGAGGCCUUCGAGCAGCACCUCUAUGACCUGGGCCAGUGGAAGCAGUGCUGUGAGGAGCUGAUGCGCAUCGAGGAGCCCCCCCCGCGCCGCCCCCCGGCCCCGCUGCCCCCCCAGGGCUCCCUCUACCACCAGACGGCUAUUGACCCCUCGGACGACAUCGCGGCCGUGACCGACAUCCUGGCGGGGCACCGGGGGGGUCCCCGGGGGGGUCCCCGCCCGCCGGGCCCGCCCCCGUGGCUGUCGCUGUUCGAGGGGCCCCCCCCGCGCAGCCCCAGCCCCCCCCGGCGGGGCCGCCCCCGCACCCUGUCCCUGGACGCCCGGCUCAGCACCCUCAAGGGCCGGGGGGGCACCCCCAGGCCCCCCCACUCCAGCUCCUCCAGCAGCGGCAGCAGCAGCCCGGGACCGCCCCAGUGUGACCCCCCCAGGCCCCUCCAGUCCCGGGUGUGACCCCAGCACCUGGGGGGGCAGGGGAUGGACCCCCCCCAUCCCCUGCAGGGGCCGAUGCCACAGGGGUCUGGGGGGGUCUGGGGGGC